AUGUCUUCGUACGAAGAUCUUCAGCGUCGGAUAGAGCAGCUCACACGCGAAAAUGACCGUAUUCAGCGCGAAAAUGACCAGCUCCAGCGCGAAACUGAAAACACAACGCUCGAGGAAUAUCUACGAGCCUGUCAUGACCUUGUCCUGACAAACGUCCCAAAGGAAAGCAUUGCCCAUGGCGACUCACACCGUGGGGCGACAGCUUUCUUCGAUACCCAAAAGGCCAUGUUACAGAUGCUCUCCGACACCGUGCCCAAGAACGCACGCCUUUUCGAGGAUGUGAGCGCAUUGAGGGCCAUCGGCGGCCGGGUAGCCGAUAUGCCUGUCAACAAAGAAUCCAGGCUUGCCGUGAUCGACAGUACUUGCGUCGGGCAACCGGUACGCGUCAUUAUGCACAGCCUCAAGAACUACGCGGACCAACAAGGCCGUCAUACGUAUCCGGACGUCUUCUUCCAGACAGAUGCCAGCGAUCUUCGGGACGAGGAAGACACGUCCAACAAAGAUGUCAUGGCUGGGGUAGUGCGCGACGAGGAACUGUUGACAGACCAGAUCUGCGCGUACCGUGUUUCUGGAGAUUCUACGGAAAUUGCAUACGUGGUCGAGUACAAGGCACCUCACAAGCUGCACACACAGCACCUUGAAAAAGGACUACGGGAGAUGGACAUUUACGAUCAAGUCGUCAACAAGCCGACAGUGCCCACCGAGGAACCGGCCAAGUUCCAACACUACGCCGAGCUGCUUGCAAGCGCAGCCGUAACCCAGGCGUACCACUGCAUGCUGGAAUCAGGUCUCGAGUUUGGCUACAUCACCAACGGCGAUGCAGUCAUCUUCCUGAAGAUCGACUGGACGAAUACGACCGAGCUAUUCUACCACCUUGCUCUAUCUUCGCUCGAGGUCGAGGCCGAUGAAGACCCCAUCUAUGCUAACACGGUGGCUCAGGUUCUGGCAUUCACUCUUCUUGCCUUUGAUAGCGGGCAGCACAGCGAUGACGAACGGAAUGCGGCGGUCAAGGCAAGCCGAAAGUGGGAGGUUGGGUCUGACUACAUCCUGGACGAGAUCUCUCGCGAAGAGCUCAGGAGAGAGGAGGCAGCUGGCCCGAGCACCCUGCCGCGUCGUAGGCGUCGCCUCUCUCCCAGCAGAGCUGACUGGAAGCCAAGGCCCGUGAAGAAGGUGAGGAGAGGCCCGGACGAGGUCGUACACCGGCCCGUCACUCGGUCUCGUACCAGGUGCGGUGGAGAUGAUGACGGUGGUGGACGGGAGACUGAUGGGGAUCACGACCGUGACCGUGGCUCCGGGGGAGGUUCCCAUGGCGGAGGCUUCAGCGGCGGAGCAGAGGUGAGGGACGGCACUUGGAACUCUGGUUCAGGAGAGCAGGGUUCAUCUGCGUCCAAAUCGGGAAGAGGAGGUGCUGGAAAUCCCGGAGGCAGCAGGACAAGGCAUUCCAGCGCCAGAGACGACGCCGGCGACGGCGCCGGCGACGACUUGGAAGAAAGGGACUCGAACGGACGAUGCAAGAACCCUAAGCCAUACUGCACACCGUCCUGCCUCCUAUCUCUGAUCAAUGGCUGGCCGCUGGACAGCAAAUGCCCCAAUGUCAGGCUGCACGCGAGAUCCUCGGAUGACGGAGAGCAUCCUGUCUCGUAUGCGGAAUGGAUGGUACUCCUCCAGAAGCAGCUCUCCCAGAGCGUGGUGAAGGGUCUGGUAAACCUCCGAAAGCAGGGCGGGUGCGGGGUCCUGUUCCAGAACACGCUGCUGGAGUACGGCUACAGCUUCGUAGCCAAGGGGACCACCGUGAGCCGCAUACCAGCGCUGCAGAAGGAAGAGGCCGUCUAUCGCAAGCUCGAGGCGCUGCAGGGACGACACGUGCCUGUCUGUCUCGGGCGGCUCGGCCUCCGACCGCUGGAGAUGACGGUAUUCUACGACAUCGGCGUGGGCAUCGUCUACUUUCUCCUCAUGUCGUACGGAGGCACCAAGCUCGAGAUUCCUUCCAAACCUGCUGCACGGAAAUCCAUCGGCAGCUCCGUCGCCAGGAUCGCCGACCGCAUGCAUUCCCUCGGGGUUGCCCAUGGUGAUAUCCGGCUGCCAAACGUGCUGCAAGGUCCCGGCGGCAGAUGGACCAUUGUCGACUUUGACCAGGCAUCCAUCCUCCCGACGGCGCCCAGCAGUCCCGUGAUGGCCACCCCCCCCCCCCCCCCCCCCCCCCCCAGCAAGCGCAGGCGGCUCAUGGACGAUGCAGAGGAGCUAUCACAUCCGGACCUAUCCUCGAGGCGAUAA